UUUAUAGGGGUCUAUAACUGGCGUCUUUAAGUUUGGUGUUUAACAAUGACAUUGGUAAUUUUAGACGUUCGUAUUCAGUAAAAUAAGACUAGGACACGAAAGCUAUUAUACUUGUUUGUAAAAGUAACAUGUAAAUUUAAAUAGUAAGUUACGAUAUAUAUAUUAGUCAUUUUCUUCUUUCAUAACGUUUUACGCUAGUUUGAAGUUCUAGAUGCUUUAAUGUAAAAUUAGAGAAUUUAUAUGUUAGCAUAUUUUUUUCUUCUUUUUUUUCUUCUUUUUUUUCUCGAAAUUUCGAAAAUUUAUCAACAGCUUAUUGUUCUAUUGUAUGUUUUAAAUUAUUGGCAAAAGUCAUAUUACAUAAAUAAUCACAAGCAAUGGACAAGUGGAAUAUUGUUUUAAUAUCUACUGUUGGAAUUGUAGCAUGUAUACUAUUAAUAGUGCGUUGGUUUGUUGUUGGCGAGGGUCGAAAAAACAGACAACUGAUAUAAGUCGGAGUUCCGAUUCUCGGGAAUGUGAAUUAUAUAUGUCUGCUAAGACGUUACAAAUAAAUGGCGAAAAUCAGUCUAUUAGUGAAAGUUUCCUCAGUGAACAGACACUACCUAAGAUAACUUUGGAAGAUGUGUUCGACGAAGAUACGGAUUCACCACCACCACCACAGAUAACUUUGAAAGAUGUGUUCGUCGGAGAUACGGAUUCAUAUCAGACAACUAUAGGCAGAUCGAGACAUGCUGAGCUCGGGUGUAUUUUUAAAUUAAACGGCAAAAAGCAAUCUUCUAGUGAAAGUUUCUCCAAUAUAGAGCAGAUAUUACCAUCAGCACCUAUGGUUUUAAUUACGCCUUCCAAAGGUCAUUAUAAACAAUGUGUGAUCAAACGGCGGUCAGAUGGAACAGUAGUAAGAGGACGUGAUUCAGGUUUUGAAGACAUGGAUAUAACUCAUAUUACUAGAGAUGUUAAUCCUCGCAGACCUCGACCGGUUGCGCCUCCUCCUCCGGACCUUAUUGAUGAAUGAAUAAUAACACCUGUGUGAGCCAUAUUCAAAUGCCGAAUGUUACGGAUUGUUGUUGUUAUUUUCCGGCGAAUGCCGUAUUAAUUAAAGAUUAUUAAAGAUUGUUCUUGAUUUUCAAUCUCCUGAUUGUGCAACGCUAAGUGAAAUGUCAGACAAGGAGUGUUUAAUGACGCUGUCUACAGUUUUAAAGCUACGCUUCGCUCAGAAUAUUUAGCAAGAAUAUUGAUAUAUCUAAAAUGAUAAGUAAGUUUAAUAAAUGUAAUAGAAACCUGUUCAAAUACCAAUAUGUAUCAAUUUACAGGGAGAGCUGAAUACGGUCUGCGUAUCACAUGAAUGAGGGUGUGAUUAGCCGAUCGAUUAAUGUCUUCUAGGUAGAGAAGUGACUUCAAGACCACUGCUGUAAUUAUUCGACAUAGAAAAAAAACGAAACAAUAUUGCACCGUUACGAGACCUUUGUGAAAAAUUAAAAGAGAACCAUUUAAAUUGUUUAAGUGUUGUGUUUAGUUAUGCGUUUUUCAAAAUGUUAGAUAGAUGAUGGAAUAACACAAAUGAUAUGAAAACCUUAUAAACUUAUUGUCUUAAUACAAUUCGCUGAUCAUCUUUUUAAAAGAUAUUUCUUGUUUAUUUUUGUUUUGCCAAUCUUUAACUAAAGAAACAUAUUGUUACGCUAUGGCCGAUGUAGUUUCUAUGUAAACUUCAAUUGAUGGAAUCUAUUUCUAUGAUUAUGCUGACUCGGUUUGAUGCAACUGGCAGAUAGUUGAAGCCUGAUUAUAAGUGUUGCACUAUGGCUGAAGUAUAAGCCCUCUGGGAAACUUAUAUAGACAAUUCUUCUAUUAGUAUGUUAAACAACUGGAGGUACUAUUAGGCUGGCCGGUUUUCUUGCACUUAACUACAGAAAUUAUCAACUCCUUUGACAGUUAAACUAUAGUUUAUUGAAGUAAGAAUUUCAACAGAAACAGUUCAUGUUCAGCAACAAA